UUAAAAAAAAGAUAGACUCCUGCUGCCUUCCUUAAAGGCCUGCUGUGUCAGCCACCCCUGCCCAUUUCUUCACCCCUGCGUCCCUGGAUCAUUGUGGGAAUUUUGCCCUGAGAAGGCAUGGGUUUCAGUUCACAGGUAGUGUCUGUGAUAAAAUAGUGAGAGCUGCUUGAUUCAUCUGGGGAUGAAACAUGCGACUCUUAACCCAGUUGGCAUCACCCUCGAACCUACAGUUAACAUGCGCUAGAACGACGCUGUAGGCACUUUUAAACUCUGCCUUUGCUUUGCAGUCCAGCUCAUUCUCUUUGUUAAGAAGCAAUGUGGUAUGACUGGGAUAAGGAAGGAGGAGAGAAGCCUGUUGUCACUUGAGAGAGACUGCCUCAGAAAUGUUACCAAGUCAGGGUUGGGUGUUUCCUCUGCUUUGAAAGAGAACAGGCCCUAACAGUCCCUGCCUCAUCCUGGAAGCUACAAGGGAGGCACCAUGAUUGAGAUGAUAGAGGUGCCCUCUUAGCUGACUUGUAAUCAAGUGCAAAUUCAGUUUCAAACACAGCAAAAGGAUGGGAGUGGGGGCAAGUGCUGUAUUUUUACAGGAUCUAUCUCAUGUAAACUUGGUGUCUUGAACAGAAUAUGAACCACCCAAAGAAUGAAAUUGGAAAGUCACUGGGAGAAACAGCUGUAGAAUCAAAGGCCUAUAUUUAAAUUUUGAACCUAGUUACUGGAUUUUGUGCACAUUAAGUAACUUCUUUAAGCCUGCAUUUCAUAUACAAAUUGAAGAAAACUAUUUAUCUUGUAGAAUAUUCUAAAGAUCAAAUAAAGGCUUUGAAACAGUUAACAGUGUCUGGCCCAGGGUAGAUGCUCAACAAAUGGCAGCCGUAUCAGUCAUUAUAACAGUAUCAUUGUAUCCCAGGCCAAAGCAGAGAGAGAAGGGCCCGGGGAGCACGGGGCGGGUGGCGACAAGAUGAACUGGUGUACGUGUGUGUGAGAUAGGUCGCGUUAGGUAGGGGCGUCCCGAGAGUGAGUGUGACAGCGACCUCGUUGCUAAGUGCAGAAGCAAAGCAGUGGCGUGCAAACACGUGCCCAAGGCACUGCGGAGGAGCGGGACGGAGGCAGGCACCGCAGGACGAGCAGCUGGUUGAGAAGGGGCCUUUGAUUCCACAGGCGCAGAAAUCCACAGCCAGGAAUUGGCUGCCACCUCUGAGUCAGGCUGGGGUGGGGGUGCACAGUCCCGUUAGGAGAGAUGCCCAGUGCGUUUGGCCCGAGAGGCACAUUUCUGACUGGGACCAGUGUAGACAGACCCAGCUCCCUCGUUUGCUGGGCCCGGCCACGGAGUUAGGGGAUGGCUUCUGCGGAGCAUUCGCUGCUCCCCCCUCGCCGCCGGGACCUGUGUAGCCGCUCCAUCUGGCUAGCACGGAAGAUCCGUUCAGACCUGACUGCUCUGGUGGACUCUUACAUGAAGCAUCAGGGUCUGAACGGGAACGUGAACCUGGACCCUCUGGAAGGCGUGCCGACGGCCAGCUCCGACAGAUGGAGCGAGCUGACUGAGGCGGAGCGGCUGCAGGAGAACCUCCAGGCCUACCGCGCCUUCCACGGGAUGCUGGCCCGGCUGCUGGAAGACCAGCGGGCGCACUUCACCCCAGCCGAAGACGACUUCCACCAGGCGAUACACAGCGUCCUCCUGCAGGUGGCGGCCUUCGCGUACCAGCUGGAAGAGCUGAUGGCGCUGCUGGAGCGCCGGGUGCCCCCCAGGGAGGCUGGCGGGCCGCCCCCCCUCCCUGGGGGGGCUGGGCUCUUUGAGAAGAAGCUGUGGGGCCUGAAGGUGCUGCAAGAGCUUUCUCAGUGGACGGUGAGGUCCGUGCACGACCUGCGGGCCAUCUCUCGACAAAGUGGGGUCCCCGUACGUGGGAGCCAUCCUGCCACCAAGGACAAGAGAACGUAGCGGUUACGCUUCCACUCCCUCCCACUCACUUUCUCUCCUGACGGAAUAGACUGUUCUCCGAGGCCUCGGUUCCCCAGUCUUGGUUUUGAAAACCUCUAAAACCGCAGGCAUUUUCACAGAGUUGGAGAUAUGGACAGAUGGGCGUACAGGUUUAUUCUGGGGUGUGUGCGUGUGAGUGUGUGCGCGUGUGCCAUAAAGGAAUGAUGGACGUACAGGUUUAUCCUGGGGGGGCGUGUGUGUGUGUGCGCGCGCGCGCGUGCCAUAAAGGAAUGAUAUAUAGGUUUAUUCUGGGGGUGUGUGUGUGUAUGUGCACGCGUGUGCCAUAAAGGAAUGAUGGGCAUACAGGUUUAUUCUGGGGGCGUGUGUGUGUAUGUGCACACGUGUGCCAUAAAGGAAUGAUGGACGUACAGGUUUAUUCUGGGGGUGUGUGUGCGCGUGCGUGUGCCAUAAAGUAAUGAUGGGCAUACAGGUUUAUUCUGGGGGUGUGUGUGCGCGUGCGUGUGCCAUAAAGGAAUGAUGGGCAUACAGG